CGACUACAGAUUUAUUGUAUAAGUAUGACAUAUAGAUGUCGGUGAAAUUUUGAACGACAAUGAAAACCGAUCGGGCAAGGGCGGACGUUGGCUAGCUGGUUUCUGCUCUAAAUUUCCACAAUGGCAGAAGGGGGAGAUGUGGAUUGGGAACUGAGCAAAGAAAACAUUCAGCCUCUGCGGAGGGGCAGAGCCAUAUCAGUCUUACACCAAGCCCUCAGUCAACAACAGGACGGACUCAGCUCUGCCAACAACAUCAGCCAACAGAGACAGGCCUUUGAGUCUGAACUGCGAGUGUAUGAAGGUGAUGAUCCCCUGGAUGUUUGGGAUCGGUAUAUUAAGUGGACAGAGCAAACCUUCCCUCAAGGCGGAAAGGAGAGCAACAUUGCCAUACUGUUGGAACGGGCUGUGACCAGAUUCACUGAUGAAAAGAAAUAUUAUGCAGACCCUCGCUAUAUUGACCUCUGGAUCAAAUUUGCAAAGACCUGUCCGGAGCCACUGGACACCUACAGGUACAUGCAGGCACAGGCAAUCGGAAUAACUCAGACGUCCUUCUACAUCGCUUGGUCUGAGGAGCAUGAAAAUAAAGGCAACUGUCUCAAAGCAGACCAAGUCUAUCAAGAGGGAUUGAGGAUGAGUGCGGAGCCACGUGACAAACUGCUACAGUUUCACAAGGCUCUGCAGGCACGUGUUUCCCGACAGGUGAUGAUGCAGGUCGAAGAGGACAGUGAUGACGAGUCCAAACAACCAGAGAGAGUCUCUCUGAUUGACCUCAAAUCUAGAGGGAAGAAAAAGGCCUUUGUCAACAGAACAGGACAUGCAAUCAAAAAUGUUUCUGGAGGCCUUCAGUCACGAGGUGCCCCUGUUCCCGCCAGUACUUCAAACAGUCGAUUGAUAGUCUUCGAUGAAAACCACACACAAAGUGCUGUUCCAUCAGAGCCUAAAGUGGAGCCAUGGAGGGCUCCACCGCCGUCUAGGGCAAAGGAGAAUGAGAGGAAUCCAGAGAGAUGGUGUGAUGUCAAGCUUCCCACAAAAUCCAAAUAUGGACAUACUGUUAUGGCUCCACCACCUCCCAAACCCACCUUCCAACCAUUUGUUGAGGAAUCAGAAAUACCUCCAACAAUGACUCCGUGUAAGAUCAACCCGGUGGUUAACAAGGUUUUAUCGGCACGUCGGCCGUGCAGAGAAGAAACUCCUCUGAAGAGACUGCAGGAGCACCAGCAGCAGAGAGAGGCGGAGUCGUCAAAGCCACAGGAGCAGAGCAUGUACUGUAAAGAGCUGCUGCUCAGUGGCGCCGCCGAAUUCUCCUUUGAGGAGCUGCGCGCUGAACGCUACUUCAAAAAGACGGCACAGGAAUCACAGGGGGACGAUCGAGCCACAGUCGGUACUGCAACCUGAUCUACUGAGACUUUUAUCGUCAGUUUUUAAAGUGGAUUUCCCCACGUUUUAUCUGCAAGUAUUGUGUAAUUACUGUUUUGCAUUGUGUUUUAUAUUGUAAAUAUUUGGUUGAAGGAGAUCCAGUUACAUAGAAAACACAAAAGAACAUGAUUUCACACCAACCAUUAAUCCACUUGUACAAACUAAACACUGCUCAGUCCUUUUGCUGCAGAAGUUCAACUCACUUAUCUCCAAUGUUAGUCAUCUGUCCAUUUUUUUCAGUUGCAUUGUUCUUGAGAACAGUGCUUCUUAUGUGUGCUCUUUUUUUUUCUCACGUUUUGUCUUGAGCAUAUUUUUGUUUUUGUAAAAAAAUGACACCAGUCGACAAAAGGCCUCAGCGAGGUGAUCGAACCGGGCUUAAAGUUUCAGACUGAGGAGAUUUUUUCCUUCAUUGAUGUUCAAUAAACGUGUUAAAAUGUC